UUUCUAUGGCGAACUGCAAUUCUGUCCGUCUAAAUUCGUCCUUACAAAUUGGGACAAAUGUUUAUGGUUUCAUCUUCCCGUUUCUCAAUCUCCACCGGCCGGCCUUUCCACUGUUCCAUUUCUCAGUGACCGGAGAUGGCGACCGGUCUCUCUAUCUAUGUUCCAUCCUUCAAUACCGGCACUAAUUUAUCUUCCAAGUGUCAACUGCUGCGCAGAAACGCCAAUUGUCAAGUCCGUUUUCGUUAUUUUCGGAAAGCGUCGUUCCAGAAGAAUCUUACUACUUCUUCCUUGAAGAGUCCGCCGGAAGAACCGAAGUCAACAGCCUCGUCCGAGCAGCUCCGUCGAAACGGACCGGGCAAGAAGUCGUCCAACUCUUUGUUGUCUGCGUCUGUCUCAGUUCCACUUCUAAAUCGUUUUAGAGAUGCGGUUUUUAAGUUUGAUAAACUUGCGCUGGACAUAUUGGCGAUUGCAUUGCCUGCUGCACUGGCUUUGGCUGCUGAUCCAAUUGCAUCAUUGAUUGACACGGCUUUUGUUGGUCAUAUAGGAUCUACUGAACUGGCUGCAGUUGGGGUAUCAGCUUCAGUAUUCAAUUUGGUGUCGAAGUUAUUCAAUGUUCCUUUACUCAAUAUCACUACUUCAUUUGUUGCUGAAGAGCAGGCCUUGAUUCAUACAAACGAGAAAAACACUGCUCAAAUAAAUAUUGAUGGCAUAGAAGAGAAUCAAGGGAAAAAGCUCCUUUCCUCUGUAUCCACUUCUUUGGCACUUGCUGCUGGUCUUGGAAUUGCUGAAGCUGUUAUGCUGUCUCUUGGUUCAGGGUCUCUUAUGGAUAUCAUGGGUAUACCUGUUGGUUCAUCAAUGCGUGCACCUGCGGAGCAAUUUUUGUCUCUGAGGGCAUUUGGUGCUCCCCCUAUUGUAAUUGCACUUGCUGCACAAGGCACCUUUCGUGGAUUUAAGGAUACAAAAACGCCAUUGUAUGCUACUGCUGCUGGCAAUUUACUCAAUGCAGUACUGGAUCCAUUGUUGAUAUUUUUUUGUGGUUUUGGCAUUGGAGGUGCUGCAAUAGCGACAGUGAUAUCUGAGUAUCUAAUCGCAUUCGUUCUUCUGUGGAGAUUAAACGGAGAAAUAUCUUUUACUCUUUCAAGCAUUGAUGGUGGUAGAAUUGCACGCUAUCUCAAAUCUGGUGGCCUCUUAAUGGGCCGGACAUUAGCCGUCCUUGUAACCCUGACUCUAGCCACAUCCAUGGCGGCUAGAGAGGGCACUGUAUCCAUGGCCGGUUAUCAAAUUUGUGUACAAAUAUGGUUGGCCAUAUCUUUGCUUACUGAUGCUUUAGCACUUGCUGGUCAGGCAUUAUUAGCAAGUAGCUACACCCUACAAGACUACGAACAUUCGCGUCAAGUGAUUUAUAGAACUUUACAGAUUGGUUUGAUAUCAGGGAUUUCUUUGUCUAUUAUCUUGUUCCUGGGAUUUGGCGCAUUUUCUGGUUUAUUCAGUGCCGAUGCAGAAGUCCUGGAAAUUGCACGAUCUGGGUUAUGGUUUGUUGCUGGGUCGCAACCAGUGAAUGCUCUAGCUUUUGUUGUAGAUGGGCUCUACUAUGGAGUUUCAGACUUCGGAUAUGCAGCCUACUCCAUGGUGCUUGUUGGACUGAUUUCUUCUCUCUACCUGCUUGUGGUCACUCCCGCAUUCGGUCUACCUGGGGUUUGGAGUGGAUUGUUUCUGUUCAUGAUGUUGCGUUUAAUAGCCGGAAUCUGGAGAUUGGGCACGAAGAGUGGGCCAUGGGAGAUGGUUUUCAAUGAUCUCGACGAAAAAAGUGACUGAAACUUAAAAGCUUCAAGCUUCUUGAACUUCGUAAAGCUCCCUCAUCCCAUUUAAAGUGUUGAAUACCACGAGGAUUUGGAUAUGUUCCCUAGCUUUACUAAAGCUCCUCUUAAUCUGCUGCCUGUUACUGACAUCACAGCUUUCUAUCUAUUAACCAGAGCUGGCCCCCCUUCAAUGCAACAGCCAACAGUUCCAGAGCAUGUCAGACAGUCCGCCGCAAUAUUCACCGAUCUCAAUCACACCAUCAAAAUUGAAAUGGAGGGGUGCACACAAGAACAGGCGUCUGCAAAUAGGAGAAGAAAUGAAACUACUAUGUACGCUCAAAAAA